AUGUCGAAGAAAGAAAUCGUCUUCCACUGUGAGUAUGCCCCCAGCGGGCGAGCUCGUUGCAGGGUGUGCAACAGCUCUAUUCCGAAAGGACAACUCCGCCUCGCGACCAGCCAGCCGUUCGCUGAGCCUGCGAUUCCCACCGACGACACUCAACUGAACAAGCAGCGAACUAUCGCAAGCGAGGCUCCGCGGUGGUGCCAUGCUAACUGUUUCAGGAAAUUCCGAGCAUCAUCGCAGUGGUGGCGGAGUAACAUUGACCACCCAGAGGUGUUUAUUGGGUGGGAGGAGUUGUCCAAAAAGGACCAGCGAGAGUUGCGCGAAUUUGUCGCGGCUGCACGCAAGGGCGAGUUGCCGAAGCCUUUCAGCCACAGCGACCCGGACGCACCGACAGACGAGCAGUUCCUGAGCUCAGAACGAGAAGAGGAAAGCGCGAAAUUUAUUGAUUCGAUGGGGUCCCGGAACGAGCGGAAAAAGAUGAAGCCGCCCAAGAAAGAGGUGGCAGGUGUAGACAGUGGGCAGACACACUCGAAGGCAGGACGCAAGCAAGAUAUCACCCGCAGUCCCAAAGCAAAAGGAAGGGGAAAACUGCCUGGCAGUACGAAGGGCGACGAAGAAGACGCCAGAGAGUUGACACAGAGGGCGAGGAAGAAGGGCAGAUCCGGGCCUGAGAUUUCUCCCGCCAUGACUCGAGGGACUGUGAAAAAGGAAACUAAAGAGAGGGAACAGAAGAAAGCGAGCGAGAAAGGGCAGAAGGAAGCAGAGCGGAAAGAGGGCCCUCUGUCGCCUGAGCUCCAUAGCGCAAUCCACGUGGCUGCGGAACAAGCGUCGAAAGUGACAGUUCCAAGGCUAAAAGAGAUUCUCCGGCUUAACGACCAGAAAAUCAGCGGGAGCAAGAAUAACCUUGUCCAGCGGGUGGCCGAAGGAGAGGUUCUGGGAGCAAUUCCAAAAUGCCCUGAGUGCAGCAACGGGUUUCUGCGUUUCGACCAAAACAGCGGCGUUUACAGCUGCCCCGGAUAUCUAGAUGAGUACGGAGACUAUCAGCGUUGUCGAUUCAGGAGCAAGGAAGUCGUCCGCUUACCUUGGAAGAAACGCUGA